AUGGUUGUCUAUGCCGAUGCGGCCCCGUCCCUAGCGGGCAGCACUAUCAUGUUGACGAUAGUGGCCUUCAUUACCUACGGCUUGCGGGUUUACUGCAGAUUGACCCGCAAGUCAUGGGGAAUAGAAGAUUGGAUUAUGACAAUAGCACUUAUACCAUUUGCUGUGCUUGUCGCAGGAUGCCUUGGAGGAGCCUUCAAUGGGAUUGGUGCCCAUAAUUCAACACUUGCAAAGCCUGGCAAUGAAAAGUACUCGGUGGAAGGAAAGAAGGUGAGCGCAACUUUUGUCACGUUGUUCGACAUAGCACUGACGAUCAACAAGUUCUUUCUUAUCUUCGAAGUCGGCUACUGCGCUGCCAUCAUCCCAAUCAAACUCAGCAUCAGUUGGAUGCUGAUUCGAGUGGCACAGGGGCGCAAGGUGUACCUCUAUGCACAAUAUGUGGUCAUCGCUAUGUUCGUGCUUAUGAACAUCAUUGCUUUGAUAUUUAUUCUGAUCAAUUGUAUUCCCGUGGAAGCCGCCUGGGACGAAGAAGCACUUAAGAAUGGAGGCCAUUGCCAGCCCAGUUACGUGCUUGCCGAUGUGUACUACGCAUGCACAGCUGUCAACAUCCUUACCGACUGGGUGACGGCUUUCCUGUACGGACUGAAGACCCAUCUAUUUUGUAUCAAAGACAAAAUCGCUGACCGCACUGAUAGGCCGAUUCCAUUGCUUUGGAACGUACAGAUCAACCGCAACACCAAAAUCUCGAUUAUUGGCCUGAUGGGCCUCGGUGUCUUGGCAUCACUAUCAGCAUGCGUGCGACUCAAGUACACUGUCGCUCUGACAAACCAAGUUGACUAUCUCUUCGGGGUCGCGGACGUGGUCAUCUGGGGAUUCGCAGAAAAUAGCAUCGGCAUGAUCGUUGGUAAUGUGGCAACCCUCCGCCCGCUAUUCCGCAUCCUCCGCGAUCGCAAGACCUCAGACUACAAGAAUUACAACCGGUCGCCCGGAUACGGCACUUCCAACCGCAGUGGCAGGGCAAAUGUCUCGCGGAACUACGAGCUCCCCGAAAUCGUGAAGGGCACCAACCAUACGACCACUACCUCGGUGAUUGACCACAACCGACGGGGAAGUGUGAGCGAUGGAGACAGCCAGAAGGAGAUCCUUGACAAUGGUCAACGGCCCGGUGAAGCUGAUAUUAUGGUCAGCCGGCAGGUUAUUGUGGCGUAUAACUAG